UGCAGCGUUGAAAGUGGACAGUUCAGAGGCACUAAUCUGACAAAAGGGCGGUGUAAAAAGGACAACAACGAGCAAAGAUUUUGGAUAUCAGCAAACAGAACUGUUGAACUGUUGGGGAGCUAAUAAAAAGGGGGGGGAUGAUUGCCUGAAUCUCGGCGGCUGCAUGAGAAAGAGAAUUAGGAGGACGCACGGGCUAAAGGGAAAGCGGAAGGCACCAAGGAGGUGAGUUUUACCCUCAGGGGGUAAAAACAAAAAAACAAACAAACAAAAAAACAUGACCGUGGUGUCCCAGGAGAACCACGAAGAGACUGUGGUCGUUACUCCUUUGUUGCAAGAUGCUGUGGACUUGGAACCGGCGGACCAGGAGUGCAGCGAGAGGGUGGUCAUCAACAUCUCAGGUCUGCGCUUUGAGACGCAGCUAAAAACCCUCUCUCGCUUCCCGACCACGCUCCUGGGAGAUCCGCGUAAAAGGAUGCGUUUCUUUGACCCGCUGAGAAACGAAUACUUCUUUGACAGGAACAGGCCGAGCUUUGACGCCAUCCUCUACUAUUACCAGUCAGGAGGCAGGCUCCGGAGGCCCGUGAGCGUACCUGUGGAUAUUUUUCUGGAAGAACUAAAGUUUUACGAACUUGAGGAGGAGGCCAUAGAGCUUUUCCGAGACGACGAGGGCUUGGCGAGGGAGGAAGACCGCCCGCUGCCUACUAACGAGUUUCAGCGCCAGUUGUGGCUCCUGUUCGAGUAUCCGGAGAGUUCAGGACCUGCGCGGAUAAUCGCCAUUGUGUCCGUGAUGGUUAUUUUGAUUUCCAUUGUCAUCUUCUGUUUGGAGACUUUACCAGAGUUCAGAGAAGUCCCAGCAGCGCCAGAGAAUAACGUCAACGGCAGCGCUCACGGCAAAGCGCAGAGUCCGUUCACAGAUCCCUUCUUCAUGGUGGAGACGCUUUGCAUCGUGUGGUUCUCCUUUGAGUUCACCAUGAGGUUUCUGUCGUGUCCCAGCAAAGCAGCUUUCUUCAAGAACAUCAUGAACCUGAUCGACGUGGUGGCCAUAGCUCCGUAUUUCAUCACUCUGGGCCUGGAUCUCGCAGAGCAUCAGGGCAGCAGUCAGCAGGCUGCCUCUUUGGCCAUCCUCAGGGUCAUCCGUCUGGUGCGCGUUUUCAGGAUUUUUAAGCUCUCCAGACACUCCAAAGGUCUGCAGAUUCUCGGCCAGACCCUUCACGCCAGCCUCAGGGAGCUGGGAUUGCUCAUAUUUUUCCUGAUCAUUGGAGUUGUUUUAUUCUCCAGUUCAGUUUAUUUUGCUGAAGCAGAAGAUCCUGAGUCUGUAUUUUCAAGUAUACCCGAUGCGUUUUGGUGGGCUGUGGUGACCAUGACCACGGUUGGUUACGGAGACAUGUAUCCCACCACCAUCGGGGGUAAAUUCGUGGGAUCUCUGUGCGCAAUAGCCGGAGUGUUAACCAUCGCUUUACCUGUCCCUGUGAUAGUGUCCAAUUUCAAUUAUUUCUACCACAGAGAGAACGAAGAGGAGGAAAACGUCCAGUACGUACACGUGACCUGCGGGCAGCAGCCGCAGCUCUCAUUUGGUGAAAGUGACUCCACCGAAAGUAACCAGUCGAUCACCAAAACUGAGUCCUAUCAGGAAAGCGACGACUUGGAAACUCUGACGUGUUUAAACGUGGCUCGAGUGGAGACAUACACAGGGAAGCUGACGGAUGUGUAAAGAUUUUAUUUCUGGAAGGAGACGAGUCAGAGUCACAACAAGACACAAGUGUGGCAUUUCUCCAAAAAUACUGGAUCAUUUUCUCACGGACUAUUCUUGCAUUGCCAAGUGUUGAGAGACUUCACGGAGAAGGUUCAGUCUGCCGGAAUGGACGUUGUGUGUAUCAUCCGUAGGAAAGAAAACAACAUUCUUUUGUGUAGGCUUUCUAAAUGACCACGCUUUCUUUGUAUAAAAAGCCUUGUGUACAUAUUGCAGUUUUUUUUGUAACUCUUAAUUUCCCCUUUCUCAUGCAGCUUAGGACGCCAACCUGUCAUCUCUGUUGUUCCAAACAUUCAGAUUGCAUUGCAGCUCGCUGUAAACACCAGUAGGCCAGAGCAUUGUAAUGCAACGUCUGCAUGACACGGAUUCAUGGUGAAUUUUUAAUGUAAUAAAAUAUUUAUUUUUCUAAUUUAAACAUGUAUGUGAACUUAACUUGCUCCUUUUUUUAUAUAAAUGAAUUA